AUGACUGGAAUAUUCACCUACAGAAACUUUUCACUGCAUGAUACGCCGGCCUUGGAUGGAAAAGUGGCAGUGGUAACGAAACCUUUCACUCCACACGGCAAGAAUGGAAACACAGAAACGGAAUCUAUCUCGGAGAACAUGACUCCCGAGUGGAAUUUGUGCAAUGUGACUUGGGCGAUAUUCACAACGUCCACGCCGCCACUGAACAUAUCAAGCAAAAAAACAGACAAGGUCGAUAUCCUAAUCUGCAAUGCAGGACUGGGAGUUCCAUAUCAAUUCAAACGUUCUCCGCAUAACAUUGACCGCAUCUUCGCAACUAACUGUAUCGGACAUUUCGUUCUCGUCACUCGUCUCCUCCCUCUUUUGCGGAAUGCUGCUUCUUCAACUUCAAGCAAGGUUGGCAGUCGGGUCAUCUUUACAAGUUCUAGUCUGCAUAUGCUCUGUCGUGAAAUUGAUUUUGAGCUGUUGGCUUCCCCUUCACGUGUCAAAUGGCCCGUCCUUUUCGAUGGGAUGUGGCGAUAUGGGCGCUCACAGCUGGGGAACAUUCUUCUUGCUAAGGAAUUUAGCCGUCGACUGCAGGAUGAAUCAGAGCAUUCACAUCCAUCUAGUGAGAAUAUCUACGUUAACUCGUAUUUCCCUGGUAAUAUUGUCACUAAUCAGUGGAAUGACUGGAGCUCUUAUUUUGGGUCCUUUAUCGGCUCAUGUAUGCGGGUUGUGGGCAGGCUGUGCGGUCAGACUGUGGAUGAUGGCGCUGCUACUGCCAUUUAUCUUGCCACAAGUGACCAAGUUCGGGACAGAAAUCUUCGUGGUCGGUACUUUUUACCUGUUGCUACUCCUGGUGAUCCAAGUCCGAUGGCCCAAGAUCCGAAUUUAGGGUCUAGUCUAUGGGACUGGAUCGAGACCCAUGUGGCUCAGACUCUAGGAAGUAAAGAGAAAUAG